AUGAAGUUAAAGGGAUCAUUAAAGAAUAAAGCAUCAAGUGCUGCUGCUACUGUAGCACCAACAACUACAACUACAUCCACAACUACUACACCAUCUACAACAUCGACACCAAAGACUAAGAAGGUGACAAAGAAGAAUAAUAAUACAAAGAAACAGAAUACUACUACAAAGACAAAGACAUCUGGUGUUAAUAGAUCGAUCAAUGCAAAGAUGGAGGAUGAUGAGAUUGACGUUGGCUCGGUGAUGUCGCUGAAGAAGUCGGCGUCCAAGCAGAAGAAGCAACCAUCAUGGUCGACAAUCAAGUUGGACGACAACCAUAUGUCAACCUUUGAUUACAGUGGCUUUGUCGGUCUGGAGGUGAUGGAUGCCAACGACUACUUUGUGCCAGGCGAGUCAAACAAGAAGAGAAAGAAUAGAGACGAUGACAAUGAUGAGUUCAAGGAGUAUCGCGACAUCCAGGUCGACGAAGAUGAGGUCAAGCACCAGGCCACCGGUGGCAAGGGCAAGCGUACAUCAACAACAAAGCCAAAGGAGGAUAACAAGAACAAGAACAAGAAGCAGAAGGCUACAACUACUACUCCUGCCUUUGCCGCUGCCGCUGCUGCUGCUGCCGCUGCUGCCGCUGCUGCUACUGCUGACAAGCCAGCUCAAGCACAGAAGGGCAAGUCCAAGGAGCAACAACCACAACAACAACAAACUGAGCAGAAGCAGAAGCAUGCAACUCAAACACAGAAGGGCAACAAGGAGCAAUCAAAGAGUGAGAAGCGUCAACAGAGGAAUCAACAACAGGCCAUGAAGACUAUAUUGGAUGAGAAGGCCCAGGAGAGUAUAGAUGUAUCAGCUUGGGAGCAGUACAAUAUUGAUCCACUACUCAUUAAGGGACUCAAGGGACUGGGCUUUGGACAACCAACUGAGAUCCAGAGCAAGGUUAUCCCAUACGCCGUCAAUGGCAGUGAUAUCAUUGGUGCCGCAGAGACUGGCUCUGGCAAGACAUUGGCAUUCGGUAUUCCAAUCAUUAAUAGCAUACUUCAGUACUUGAGAUCAACUGGACAGCAGGUGGAGAAGACUCAGACAGAGAGUGAUGAUGUCGAGGAGGAGAUAGAGACAAAGGUUGAUGAUGAUGUGGAGCAGGCAGAUGAAGAGAAGGACGACGAGGAAGAGGCAGAGCCAGAGGAGAAGGCCAAGAGAAUCAGGAGUCCAUUGUACUCUUUGAUCUUGUGCCCAACUCGUGAGUUGGCAAUCCAAGUGUCUGAUCACUUGAGAGCAGUUGCACAUCAGACUUGUGUAAAGGUCGUCACGAUCGUUGGUGGUAUGGCACCACAGAAGCAGGUUAGACUACUGUCUCGUGGACCACAUAUUGUUGUUGCCACGCCAGGUAGACUCUGGGAGCUCAUUCAAGAGGGCCACGCACAUCUAUUAGAGCUAUCUCAUCUGAUGAGCUUUGGCAUUGACGAGGCUGAUCGUAUGGUCGAGAAGGGUCACUUCCAAGAGGUGGACAACAUCUUGAAGUUGUUGCCAAUAUAUGACAAUCAGAAGGAUAAGGAAAAGGAACAGGAGAUAGAGAUGGAGAAGGAACAGGGAGAGGACGAUGGCGACAAUGAGGUAAUGGAGCAAGAAGAGGAAGCCGAGGAGGAGCCAGACGAGUUGGAAAUGGAGAUUGAGCGAAGAUUGGCCACAACAGCAUCAAUCUUCAAAAGACAAACAUUCAUCUUCUCAGCGACCAUCGUUGGAAUCCCCGAUGUGGGAGGUGCUGGAAAGAAGGGCGCUCCUCGCAACAAGCGCAAGAAUAGGACGCCACUGGACGACCUGCUCGCAAAGGUCAGGUUCCAGAGGAGAUACCAGUUGGUCGAUUGUACAAUGAAGAAGCUGACAGCGCAGACGCUGAAGGAGACCAAGAUUGUGUGCAGCCUGGAGGAGCGCGACGUCUUCCUCUACUACUUUGCUGAUAGGUAUCCUGGCAAGACACUGGUGUUUGUCAACUCGAUUGAUUGUGCGCGUAGACUGCUGCCAAUCUUCACCAGUCUCAGGCUGCCUGUGUACCCACUGCAUGCCCAGAUGCAACAGCGCCAACGUCUAAAGAACCUGGACCGAUUCAGAGAGCUCGACAACGUGAUCCUGCUCGCCACGGAUGUGGCGGCGCGUGGUCUCGAUAUCCCCAACGUGCAACACGUCAUUCACUUCCAGGUGCCCCGUUCACUCGAGUUGUACAUCCACAGGAGUGGUCGUACCGCCAGAUCAAACCGCGAUGGUAUCUCUGUUGUGAUGGUGACGCCAAAGGAGACGGCCACAUACCAGAAGUUGGAGAAGGCUCUGGAUCACCCCGUCGAGCCAUUCCCCGUGGACCUUCGCUAUCUGGAUGCGAUCCGCGAGCGCAUCAACCUGGCGAUUCAGAUCGACAAGAUGUCCCAUCAGUCCUCGAAGCUCAAUGUCGAGAAGAACUGGUUCAUCAACACAGCACGCGAGUUGGACAUUGCCCUGGACGAUGAUUAUUAUCAAAUGUCCGAUGAUGAGGAGCAACAGACAAAGAGAUACAAGAAGGAUCAGCAGAUGAAGCAACUCAAGCAGCAAUUGAACAUGUUGCUCGGCCUCAAUAUCUUGCCACGUGGCGCAUCAUCAAAAUACAUCACAUCAUCCAGUAUCUCCGAGCUGGAUGUCAAGACCAAGUCCACGGCCACCACCGACCUCCAGCAUCUAAACAAGAAGAAGAAGCAAAAGACUAAAUAA